AGAUGACAUUUCCUAUUUGACAAUUUGAAAUUUUCAUUUUAAAAUUUUGUAAUUGAGUAAAAACUAAAAACAAGAAAAUAAAUUUACAAAAUGUCUUCGAAUUUAUCUGCUAUUGAAUUAUUAAAUAUGGGAGAUCAGGGAAGAAAGAGACCAUUCUUAAAUGAAUACUGGCCAUACAUUCUUGGUGGUUUUUUUGGAAUAGGCACCGGAGUGAUGAUUAACUUUGGCACCAAACGUCCCCUCAUGAGCGGUAUCCAAAAGCAUAUCCUUGGUGUGGUGGGUUGGACAGCAGUUUUAACUUAUGUGACAAACAAACGACAUGAAUAUUUAGCAGAAAAAGAUGCUGUUCUCAGGCAUUAUAUUGAAUUGCACCCAGAAGAUUUCCCCAUUCCCGAAAGAAAGAAGAUUGGUGACAUCUUUGAACCAUGGGUACCAAUUCGUUAAUUUUAUAUCUAUCUAAUUAUUAUUGGUGUAUUAUGUUUAGUUGCAUGUUAGUGCAGAUCCAAUGUUAAAAUAAAUUAUUACAAUUUGGGAAUAAAACAUUUUGAUUUGUGAAAAGGUUUAAUGGCAGAAAGUUAUAAAUAAAUAAAGUAAACAUUAAGUUAAAUUAGCUUAA